AUGGCGGGCGGCGUGGAGGCGGCGCGGCUGCGCGCGGAGAUCGCGCGGCGCGAGCAGGAGCUGCGCGGGCUGCGCGAGCGGCUGGACGAGCUGCUGGCGGCGCCGCCAGAGCCCCCCGGCGCCGCCGCCGCCGCCAUCCCGCGCGAGCUGCCGCCGCUGGCGCCGCCGGCCGCGCUCAGCCCCGCCGCCAUCCUGCGCUACAGCCGGCAGCUCGUGCUGCCCGAGCUGGGCGUGCGCGGGCAGCUGCGCCUGGGCCGCUGCUCCGUGCUCGUCGUGGGCUGCGGCGGGCUGGGCUGCCCGCUGGCGCAGUACGUGGCGGCGGCCGGCGUGGGCCGCCUGGGGCUGCUGGACCACGACGUGGUGGAGACCAGCAACCUGCACCGGCAGGUGCUGCACGGCGAGGCGGCGCGCGGGCUGCCCAAGGCCGUGUCGGCGGCGGCCGCGCUGCGGCUGCUCAACUCGGCCGUGCACUACGUGCCCUACUGCGGGGCGCUGGGCCCGCGCGACGCGCUGGCCCUCGUGCGGCAGUACGACGUGGUGGCCGACUGCUCCGACAACGUCCCCACGCGCUACCUGGUCAACGACGCCUGCGUGCUGGCCGGGAAGCCGCUGGUGUCYGGCAGCGCCCUGCGCAUGGAGGGGCAGCUCGUCGUGUACAACUACCAGGGCGGGCCCUGCUACCGCUGCCUCUUCCCCGCGCCGCCGCCGCCGCACACGGUGACCAACUGCGCCGACGGCGGCGUGCUGGGCGUCGUGCCCGGCGUCGUGGGCUGCCUGCAGGCCCUCGAGGUGCUCAAGAUCGCCUCGGGGAUGGGCUCCUCCUUGGGGCAGACCAUGCUGGUCUUCGACGGCCGCGAGGGCCGGUUCCGCAGCAUCAGGCUGCGAGGCAGGAGGCYGGACUGCGCGGUCUGCGGGGACAACCCGUCCGUCACCUGCCUGCAGGAUUACGAAGCCUUUUGUGGCUCYUCUGCGACGGACAAAUGUCGGACCUUGUAUCUGCUGCCCAGUAAGGACAGGGUGUCUGUAGAGGAAUACAAAAAAGUGUUGGAUGAGCAGGUUCCUCAUGUGCUCUUAGAUGUUCGUCCGCAGGUAGAAGUGGAUAUUUGUCGACUGGCACAUGCAAUCCAUGUUCCUUUGARUAAAUUGGAAGAAAAAGAUGAAGAAUGUCUGAAAUAUUUAGAAAAAAGAAUCUGUGAAGAAAAGCAGGGGGCUAAUGGCAAAGCAGCUUUUCCUGUGUAUGUUGUUUGCAAAUUAGGAAAUGACUCCCAGAAGGCUGUAAAAAUUCUGCAAGAGUUGCCUGUCCAGGAGCUUGUGAUAGCUAAAGAUAUUAAAGGGGGACUUAUGGCUUGGGCCACUAAAAUUGACCCAACGUUUCCUCAGUAUUAGCAAUUUACAUAUUGCUGGAAAAGAAAGAAUAUUCACUGUAGAUACUGUUUGGUUUCAUGUUCUCUGUGUAAUUGCUCUAUGGAUAAAAUGGGGAGCUUGAAAUGCCAUGUUGCCUUUUUUCAUGGUAGUUUGUUUUAAAAAUAUGUCAUCUGUCUUUGUAGCUGUUUAGGUUCUGUCUUUAUAAAAAUAUGAAGUCAUGAAUGGCAAUGGAAGUAUGUUUCUUGGUUAUUAUUUAAUCGCGAAACUUGGACAAGUUACUUAAUGGAAAACGGAGAAUUCCUUCUGAUUAGCAGUUGCAGUCUAGAGAGAGUCAAAGCACCAGAGCAGUGUUGGAAGUUCUUACCCAGUCCCAUGUGUAACAGUGCACGCUGAUUUAAAAGAAACUGCUGCYAAUCUCAAGCUAUGUGAUAAGGAAUUGCCAAGAAAACGUUCCUGCCAACAAGAUUGCUUUGACCAGCAUCUUUUUCUGUCGUCUCUUGGAGUAUUGUAUAUUUAUGAAAAAGUGCUCGCUACCGGCAGCAAAGGCUGCGCUUUUUUGAUCCCUGUCUGGCUCAGGAAGGCAGCUGGAAGCUGAAGGAUUUUUAAAGUUCCAAGUACAAGAAAUAUCCUCUGCUAGGGCCCACUGAUGUCUGUGGAAAAACUGUGACUUAUUUGGAAGAGUUUUAGAGCAGCAUCUGAACAAGGAAUUGCUUUUUCUUCUGAACAGCCUCAGAGCUAUGAAUCAUUUUAAUGAAUGCAAAACAAGAUGAAGCUUCUCACUCCCUGUUGUGGUGAAAAGCCCUCACAGCGGGGGAGCUUGCAGCUUUGCUACUGAAAGCAAACCYCAUCUCACAUCCCGG